GAGAUAGCUCCGAGCAUUCAAGUCUUGUGCGGCGCAAUAAACCAGAAGGCAAAAAGUUGAAGUAUAAUAAUAAAAAAAAAAACACAGAAAGAGUCAAACACAAAACUUUGAUAGCCGAAUCCCGCUUUUGUUUGUGAAAGAAAACCUUUGAAUGAGAAAACUUCAACGUGCGGCUCGAAAGUGAAAAGAUUACCUUAAAUUCGUUGACAUUCAAGGCAGGCAUCAGUUGGUAUCUCAAUGCAGCAGUUGCUGCUCCGACGACAAUAACAUUUUGGCAGUUAUAGGCCAAAGACAAAGAGCUCUACAGCGAGCGGGGGAAGGAAUCAGCGCCGAUCUGUUGGGACACACGCAAAUAACUCAAAAUCAACAAUGAAUCAAACACAAGUGAAUAAUUUCUUGAAAUGCUUCCUGCAAAUUGAUGAGCCCGUUAGCCACUUAGCGGUGCAGCACGAUGAUCACGACCACGAUCACGUUCACGAUCUCGGGCAUGAUCACGAGCCAAGGCACGACGGUGAUCACGACGACGAACACCACCAUGAUCAUGACGAUUCCGGCUCUUUGCUAAUGGCCAAGGUAACCGCCAUGGUGGUGCUCUGCUGCGCCAGCGCACUCUGUGGCUCGAUACCUUUCCUGCUGAACCGCUACUACCGCUGGACCGAGAACCAGACGAACGCCCGCUCCGCCACUGUGGUCAAGUGCCUGCUGUACUUUGGCGGCGGCGUGCUGCUGGCCACCACUUUUCUCCAUCUGCUGCCCGAGGUACAGGAGGUGGUGGAGCAGCUGCAACAAUGUCAGAUCAUUGGCGAGCUGAGUUUCCCACUCGCCGAGCUGCUCAUGUGUUGCGGCUUCUUUCUGAUGUACUUCAUUGAGGAGGCCAUGCACUCGUACGUGCAUAGGCAUCACCGGGAUGAUGCUGGUGCGGCCUUUGAGCGCGGACAUAGCAUACGGCACAGUCAUUUGCUGAAGACGGCACCGCCAUUGCCAGCAACAAACGCAAACUGCUCGGAACUUGCGGCAGCUGGCCACAACGCGACGCUCUCUGUGCAGGAUCUUAUGCAUAACGAUCUGGAGCAGCAAAAGUAUGGUGCAGUGCAUCAUCAUCAACACAACCACAGUCACAGCCAUAGUCACAGCCAAACCAACGGCCAUGGUCACGGGCAUGGACAUAGUCAUCUGCCCAUUGGAGACAGCUCAACUGGUUCGGGCGAUAUGCUCGCCUCUUCGUUGCGAGGACUCUUCAUUGUGUUGGCACUGUCGCUCCACGAGCUCUUUGAAGGCAUGGCCAUUGGCUUGGAGAGCUCCGCCAGCUCGGUAUGGUUCAUGUUUGGCGCCGUCUCGGCGCACAAGCUGGUGCUGGCCUUCUGCGUGGGCGUCGAGCUGAUUGUGGCCCGCACCCGUCUCAGUCUAGCUGUGCUCUAUGUGCUGACAUUUGCGGUUGUCAGCCCCCUGGGCAUUGGGUUGGGCAUACUGAUCAGUCAUGGCCAGAAUGGAAGCGGGCCCAACCUGGUGUCGGCCAUACUGCAGGGCUUCGCCUGCGGCACACUCAUAUAUGUGGUGUUCUUCGAGAUAUUAUCAAAGAAUCGCUCCGGACUACGAGCUUAUCUAGCGCUCUUUGUUGGAUUUCUGAUUAUGUUCGGAUUGCAACAGCUCGGUGCCAGUGGGGGUCAUGGGCACAGUCACGGCAACAGCUGUUCAUCCUCUGGGGAAGAUCGCCACGAUCAUCAUGGGGAGACAGACUCCAGUACAGAUCCUCACGCACAUCACACCGAAGCUGAGCAGCUGGCGGCUGCCCACAAAUACGAGGAAAAGCUGCAAGUUCUACGCCAAGUAACCCAAAAGCUGCUCGAGGCGCAUCCCAAACACAACUGAGGGCCGCACCUGAUACAUGUUUAGGUGGACCUACAAAUAGGACUUACGCAUUAAUACUUUUAUAACUGCUAAGCAGCAAUUGUAAAUAAAUAUUGUACUAUAUCUAUUUAAUUUAUCUAGAUAGUAUUAAAUCAAAAACAA